AUAUUUAAGGAGCUCAAGUUUGCCUUUAAAUCAAAAGAAAUUUUCAGGCUAAAAAUUACGUUUAAAGAUUCAGAGAUAAUGUCUGCAGACAACAUAAAAAUGCGUCUAUGUUUACCGUGAGAUCAUCAUGUGAAGAAUGGAUAUUCCAAAGUUAGCGACCCAUGAGAUGAGAGAACUAAUGGGAAGCAUUUAUUUUGUUGCAUAUCAGAGCGAUUUUGUAGAAAACACACACAGAAACAUUAAACUCCGGUUCUUUCUGUAUGGCAGAGUCACUAUAAGAAAGUCUAUAAAAGAAUAUUGAAGUGUUGCGACGGUCUCUAAAGCUGUCCGAUAGGGGACAAAAUAUUCAUUUCGUUCUCGACAGUCAAACGGUUUGGUGAUCAAGUUACAAUGAGGCUGAUUAUAUUUACGUUAGUUGUUCUCCUGGAAUAUAUUUCCACUGCAUGCGGGUAUAUCGUUGAUCCUGGACCAGUAGUGAUUGCCUCACGUGGCCUAAUUUGGCCUCAACCCAAAAAUAUUGUCAUUGACGAUACCUUCUCAAUUAUUCGUCCUCAAAAAUUUGAAUUCAAUGCUGUGAAGAACACCUGCGAUAUAUUAAAUGAAAGCUUCAUUCGGUACAAGGAGUUGAUUGUUGCAGAGGCACAGAGAUUGAGGAAGAUCGAAGUGAGAAAUGCACGAAAGAGUCAUGAGAGAAUUAAUAGAAUCAACUACGAACAGUGGAGUGACGAUGAUCAAUUUACGGGUUUUUUAGAAAGUCUGACGGUUAACUUGGAGAAACCAUGCGAAGAUUCUCCAUACUUGGGAAUGGAUGAGUCAUAUAAAUUUACUCUGAAUAAUUCAGAAGCAGUUCUUGAGAGUGAGAGUGUCUGGGGAAUCCUUAGAGGAUUGGAAUCUUUCUCCCAAAUGAUCACACCAGGGAGCGAUGGUAGAUCAUUAAUGAUCAAUAGUUCACGCAUUGAAGAUGAACCAAGAUUCUCCCAUCGUGGCCUUCUUCUGGAUACAUCGCGUCAUUUCAUACCGUUGGAGACAAUUAAAAUGGUUCUCAAUGGUAUGGCAUACAAUAAACUCAAUGUCUUCCAUUGGCACAUUGUUGAUGAUCACAGUUUCCCGUAUGAGAGUACAAAGUUCCCCGAAUUAAGUGCUCAAGGUGCGUACCAUCCUACCCUUGUGUACACACAGAACGACGUAGCAGCAAUAAUUGAGUAUGCCCGACUUCGGGGGAUUCGUGUGUUGCCGGAAUUUGAUACACCCGGUCAUACGAGAUCCUGGGGUGUUUCCCAUCCGGAACUUUUGACAACAUGCUACCCACCAUAUAUUGGAAAGCUUGGACCCAUUGAUCCCACUAAACCCGCUGUGUAUGACUUCUUGAGGGAACUCUUUGGUGAAAUUUCUCACGUCUUUCCGGAACAAUAUUUCCAUUUGGGUGGUGAUGAAGUGGGCUUUGAGUGCUGGAGCACAAACCCGGAGAUAGUGGAGUACAUGAAGUCAAAGAAUUACACGAAAUAUGAGCAAUUGGAGGAGGAAUUCAUUCAGAAGGUCGUUGAUAUAAUUGAUGAAUUGAAAUCAAAGUCCAUUGUCUGGCAAGAGGUGUAUCAGAAUCAAGUGCGACUGCCCCAGGGAACAGUGGUGCAUGUAUGGACAGGGGAUAGAAAGAAGCUUAUGUCACAAAUUACCAGAGAUGGUUUACCUGUAUUGCUAUCUGCCUGUUGGUAUUUGGAUCACCUGGCAACUGGUGGUGAUUGGACGAAAUUCUACAGUUGCGAUCCACUAGAUUUCUCCGGGACGCCCGAGCAGAAGGCACUUGUGAUGGGUGGUGAAGCUUGUAUGUGGGCUGAAGUGGUUGAUGAUACAAAUGUUCUUCAAAGAAUCUUCCCGCGUGCAUCAGCAGCAGCCGAAAGACUGUGGAGUCAAUCGUCGGGCUUCCAAGUGAAGGAGAGACUCGAAGAGCAUGCAUGUCGGCUACGAAAGCGAAAUAUCCCAGCACAGCCACCAAAUGGUCCAGGAUAUUGCUUAUAAGUUGGAUAAGAUCAUUUUCUUUUUCAUUGAUGAUAAUUACAAUUUAUGGAUAAAUGACAAAAAAAUUGGUAUUAAUGUAAAAUUAUUGCUGCGAACUUAUCGAUGCAAUAUCGAAUGUUGAUAAAUCAGCGGAUGAUGCAUAACUUUCGGGUAUUAGAAGAAUGACGAGGAAAAAGUAAAUAAGUGUUACGACAAUCAGCACAAGACGAUCCACAACUACAGCAAGAAAAUGCCAUUUUGCGGUAUUUUUUGGACUUUCAACUUUGGGUUCUACGAGGAUUGUGGUAUCAUCCUCGGCUACUUCCUCGAUUUUUUCCAUUUUUCCACUAUUUGCAUUCACGAUGAAUUUGCCUGCUCUUGAAUCUCUCAGUACGUCCAUUGGGGAAGACAACCAUCCUGGCACUUCGCAUUGGAGUGUCAUCAAAAUACGUACAAUAAACGUAUUCAGGAGUAAGAUUCCAAUAAUUGUGGUGGAAUCUCUGUAGAAGACAACUGAAAAUGAGAUGAUUAAGUAGCUGCUAUAAGUAUUUCUUCUUCUUGAACUUCUUUUACUUACUAACACUUGGUAUGGUUUCACCAUUUCUUGGAACUACCCAAGAUAAUUGUUGAGUGAAUAGGAUGUGCCCAACGAAGCUCACAGCAAUUAGAAUCCAUCGUUCAGUACCAUGUGGAGGCACCAGGAGAGAUAUUAUAUUUAAUAGAACCAAAACUACGGACAAAUACGUUAAUUAAAAAAUUGAAUUUUACAAAGUUAAAUCUCA